UCCACGCUGGACGUUACUGACGUAAUCAAAACGAGACAAAAACAGUUUUGACAAUCUUUCAAAGGGAGUAUCGUGUCAAAAUCUCAUCAUGGGUAUUCGUCGACACCGAAAACACGACUUGCACUCAAAGGAGUAUGAUCUUGCCACAGAAAGCUAGAGGCAGUGGAGAGAGCUGAGAAGCCUGCUGCAUUUGGAAAUUGACUCCACAUCAUGUGCCUCUGGCUGCCAUUAUGAGGUUCCCAAAGUUAGCUUUCGUCUUUAUGUUCGUGGGCUGCCUGGUGGUCUACCUCACCUACGUCAAACGCCAUUAUGAUGACUCCAAACCACCAGUAUCCGACCAGCUGCCCCAGUAUAGGAUGGACACCCAUAAAGAGUCAACCUCAGCUCAGGUGGUCAGUGAAAAUUUCCAGUAUGGUAUUAUGUUUGAUGCUGGAAGCACUGGAAGCCGGAUUCACAUCUUCAAAUUUCAGAUCGAGCCAAAUGAAGCUCCUAAAUUAGCCCAUGAGACAUUUAGAGCUAUAAAACCUGGACUGUCUGCAUACGCCGAUGACCCAGAAAAGAGUAAGGAAGGACUGUUGGAACUAUUAAAUAUUGCUAAAGACACUGUUCCCGAGACAUUAUGGAGUUCCUCACCCCUCAUGCUCAGAGCCACGGCAGGGCUCAGAUUACUGCCCGGUGAGAAAGCCACGAUCCUGCUGGACAAGGUGAGGGAAGUGUUUAGGGAAUCCUUGUUCUUGUAUAAACCAGACAGUGUGUCAAUCAUGGAUGGCGCAGAUGAAGGCAUGUCAGCAUGGAUUACAGUCAACUUUUUAUUAGGUGUUCUUCACGGUACUGAGACGUCUACAGUAGGCAUGCUAGAUUUAGGAGGGGGCUCGACCCAGAUUACCUUUGCUUUACAGGACGAAAAAACCAUCCAGACCUUACCCAUUGAUUACGUGACAUCAUUUCAGAUGUUCAACAUUAGUCAUGCUCUCUACUCAUACAGUUACCUUGGCCUGGGGUUGAUGUCAGCCAGACUUGCCGUGUUAGGAGGGAUUGAAGGACAGCCUUCAGAACCUACAGAGCUGGUUAGUCCAUGUCUAGCCCCAGAUUACUCUGGACAGUGGGAGCAUGCUGAAGUACUCUACACUAUUAAAGGACAGAAAGCAGGGGAGCCCGUCUAUGAGACUUGCCUUACAAAAGUGGAAAAGAUGAUCUAUAAACGUGUGAGAAAAAUUGAGGGAGUGAAAGACAUGGACUUCUAUGCAUUCUCCUAUUAUUACGAUAGGGCUGUGGAUCUGGGCCUCAUUGAUGAAAGCACAGGGGGGACUGUCCGAGUCAGUGAUUACAUUGAAGGUGCUAAAAAAGUGUGCAAUAAUAUGGCAGUUGGAGGAAUAAAGGAGAGUCCGUUCCUGUGUUUGGAUCUGACCUACAUCUCAGUACUUCUUCAGGAGCUUGACUUCCCUCCUGAUAAAGAACUGAAGCUGGCAAGACAAAUAAAUAACGUGGAGACUAGCUGGGCCCUCGGUGCCACUUUCCAUUGCAUAGAGUCACUCCAUAAGCAUGGGACGUGCUGAAGACAGACACUCGUUACAUUUGUACCCAGUAAAGCACUGACUAAUCUUAAUGCUCUGGGAAAAACAAUGAACUUUGAUUGUACUCGCCAUUUUGUCAUUGAAUUUAUUCACAAUGUGAGUUUUUAUACAUACCUCUGACUUUCUGAAUGUUUGUUUUCCUACUAGUAUGUUAAGCUAUGAGUGAAGGUAAAAUGUUAACGGUUUGGGUGUUUACAGCAUAUCAGAAUCGUUUUAGUCAGGGUUAAUUAUAUAAAACUGAUCAAAAACAUUUGAUUUGCAAAGUUUAAGAUAUUUCAUUUUUAUUUUGUAUUAUUCUCUAGCUUCUAGUUGGUAUAUCACACAGUAUGUUCAAAUGAAUCAUGUAUUUAGUAUUAUAUACUAUCAGCUCAGAGAGGAAGAAAAACAGACCGGUGCAGUUGCUGUCAUGUCCACAUGCUUUUCUCUUGUAGGUAUAAACUAAAUGCGCCCGUUAUUAUACGUGGGAAAUAUGUUUAUAUAAAAUGCCAUAUAAAUGUAAUCUAAAAAAGCUGAA